GCCUGCUGCACAUGCGCGACGUUGCUCUCGGCCGUGCCUUGCGUGACGUCCUCCUCCGAGAAGCCAUUACCAGACAACCGGCAACUGGACUGUUGCGGCCGCGUAAUAUGCCAUGACUGCAUACAGGCAUGCACGUUCUGGCAGAAAAACCCCCGCUUCCUAAGCUAUUGUCCUUAUUGCCCGACCUCGGGACCAUCGCUCCUAACUAGCCGCCGCAGGGGGAGAGACGGGGCAAGGCACGAGAAGAAGGAAAAUGCAAUGGAAGCCACGGGAAAGCAAAAGCAGGGCGAGCCAGUGCUUGACCAGCCGCCGCCCCCUUACACUGCUCUCUCGCCGUCAACCUGCCCCUCGACCAUCCAAGACGUAAGAGAAGAGGUCAUCAUCCACCACCUCCGCCACACACACCCCCAGGACACGCUGCAAUCCCUGGCUCUGCAGUACGGCAUCCCCCCCGCCGUUCUGCGGGCGUCCAAUAACCUGCCGCUCGGGGCCGACCACCUGCUGGCGGCGCGGCACACGCUGCUGAUCCCGGCCCGCCACUGCCGCAACCCGACCAACCGGUCCCCCUUCCCGCCCGAGGACAGCGAGUCGCUGGCGCGCAAGACGGCCAUCCGGCGGUGGAUGGUGGCGUGCAAGGAGGCCAACUACGAUAUGGCCCUGGUGUAUCUCGACGAGGCCGGCUAUGACCUCGACGAGGCGGUGGGGAGGUACAUGGCCGAUACAGAGUGGGAGGCUAGACAUCCC